AUGUUCUUUGCACUGGACAAUGCCGCCGAAUAUGGCCAUUGGGUGGUGGAUGACAAAGCUAAAAACAUUUUCCGGAACAACUUCAACACAGCACUGAGCGAGCAGGGAACACUGCGAAUGCUCAGGCAGAUCCACAGGAAGGAGUUGCGUGCGCAUUUUCACCCCACAGAGCUCUUCAAGGGAGAGCUGGGGCAAGUGAGCUGGGCACCCGCCCGAGACCUCGUGAAGCCGGUGUACGAGGCCAUGACCAGCGGAGGUGAUUUGUCAGAAGUGUCUCCUAUGCUUGGCGUUUACAACUGUUAUAAUUGCGCCAAGUCGCCCAAGGGGGAUCCGCAGCAGAUUUCGGACCCGCUGACUGUCUUUGAGUUUCUGAACUUCUCGAAGAGAUACGAAAAGCAAGAUGUCGAAAACUCCUUCAACCCCGAGGAGUACAUGCCAGUGGCCUCUUACAGUCCGUCUCUCAUCAUGGCAGACCAUGCCACCACAGAGCAGAACUACUUGGCCGCCCUCGACUUUGCGAAGAGCAAAGGUAUCAGCCAGCAACGGCUUCAGCAAGCCGUGCGAAAGGAGCAAGUCUUCGUGGUUAAGUUUAUUUACGAGCCCAUGAACAAUGGCAUGUAUACUGGCCAUGGGCUUGUGAAGAGGAUGCUACCAGAGUAUGGUAAGUGGCUGACCAGCCUGCUUAACGCGAAGCCCGAGCUGAAGGCCCCUGACGGACUGGCAUCCUGCACACCGAUCUUGGAGACCACCAGACAGGUCUUUGUGAAUAACACCUCGGUGGACGACUGUGCACCAGCGGCUUUACCCGUUUGUGGCCACUCCAAUUGCCUGUUGAUGUGA